GAUAAACUCGUUUAAUUGCUGUUUCCUUUCCUGAAGAAGCCAUUGCCAUCAGGAUAUUGCCAGAUCACUGUGUAUAAAAUAUAACGUUUCGUCUUUCACGAUUUCAGACUGACAAGGACAAUUAAGAGUAUACAUAUCAUAAUCAUAACUUCUGAGUCAUGGCAGACAGUAGUACUGCAGGUUCAGAAGUAUCAUCGCAUUUUGUGUUUGACGAGGAAUCAAAGACCUUAACUGUGAGACACGGUUACACACUCCAUGUUGGGAAUGUAGACACAGUCCAGGAUCAAGAGGAAUGUGAAGAGAUGGAAGUGGAUGCUUACAUUGAGCCCAUAAAAAAGGCUGGUGCUAUUAAAGCUGAUCCUAGGAUUCUGCAGCUCCUUCAGAAAGUGCCUCCAGAUUGUCACAACCCUGGAAAAUGGAAAGUUAACCAACAAUUGUGCUCCGAAUUAGUAUCCCUAUUCCAGGAGCAAGGCGCUGCUCUAACAAAGGUUCGGUUUGACUCGGUGCACUUCUUCGUUAGUGUCAAACUCGGGCCCGAUCACGAUGCCUUUCUUCAAGCCUGUAGAGACGGCACACUCUCGCGAGGCUUGACAAAAAUUCUUGUUACUCCAGAACUGGAGAAGGAAGUUGGAGUCAAACUCGGAGUAAGGCUGGAAGUGAAAGAGACAUCAAACACAAAUAACGUCUCGGCACUAGCAGGCAGGAUGACAAAUUUGAUGGACAUAAAGUUGAACAAGAUAGGGGACGCUGUGGGUGACGACGAGAAUCUUGCGGCUCUGGGAUUACUUCUUGGUUUUGCACAAACCAAGGUGGACAUGUUUCUUGCUACAAAUCGAGUUGAUGGCAAAGUGUCUGCAAAAGGCACCAAGAAUAUGCUAUCUGCAUGGAGCAAAAAGACUCGCGGCGAGAACCAGGUGAAGGAGCUCAGUGAUGCCUUGGCGGAUGUCGAAUUGGGGUAUAUUGCUGAGAAAUACCUACAGCGAUUUUCCAGGGAUACUCUUAGAGGACGAGUUGAUGUCACCGGAAUGUAACAAUUAUUGGUUGAUUUCUUAUAAUUUUGGCAGUUUUUUAAUUGUUCUUCGAAGCUACCGAAGUUUCAUGUCAAAUAAAUAUACUGGUAUCACUGAAAGGCAUAGUUGAUUACAUUAUUUUAAAGGCCCUCUGUACUAAUUGAAGCUAAUUGCUCCCUCUAUAUAGAAAACUUCCACAAUCGGUGCCUGUUGGUCCCCCAUGAUCCUC